AAUAUACCCAGUACAUGGAAAGCAAUGGAGGCACUCUUUGACUCUGGCAAGGCCAGGGCUAUUGGAGUCAGCAACUUCUCUUCAAAGAAGCUUGGAGAUCUGUUAGAGGUGGCACGAAUACCUCCAGCUGUUAAUCAAGUGGAAUUGCACCCUCACUGGCAGCAACCGAAGCUGCACGCUUUCUGUAAAUCUAAGGGAGUUCAGUUAUCUGGCUAUUGUCCAUUGGCAAGGAAUAAGGUCCUUAAGAAUUCUAUUGUGAACUUGGUGGCAAAAAAACUGGGCAAGACUCCUGCCCAAGUGACUCUUCGAUGGGGGUUACAAAUGGGUCACAGUGUAGUGCCUAAAAGCACGAAUCAGGCAAGGAUACAGGAAAACUUUAAUCUUUUUGAUUGGUCUAUACCCAACGACUUGUUUGCCAAACUCUCUGAAAUUAAGCAGGAGAAGCUUGUUCCAGGAACUGGUUUUGUACAUGAGACUUUGGGUGCGUACAGGACCCUUGAAGAACUGUGGGAUGGCGAGUUGUGAGAAGAACCUAGGUCCUGUUUCAAUGGUUUAUAACUUUAUACCUAACGUGUAAGUGCAACCGCACCAAAACUAAAAUUGUAUGAAAGAUUGAUUCUGCCAUUAAAAUAUAAGUGAUGAGUAUAUAGUGAUGUGAGAGGUGGAAUUGUUGCAUGUUCAAUCUCCUUCACCUGCUUGUAUUCAUUCUUGGUUUUAGAUCAAGAUAGAAGACAAUCAUUUUCUGAUGCUUUCCUCCUUAUUUC